AUUACAGUGGGGCUUUGUUACUUGUUAUUAUGCAACUACCUCAUAAAGAAUACUCGAUCAGCAAUAAUGCCGAAGAAACAUCGCGAUUCAAGUCCUGGACUGUCACCAAAAUCAAAGAGACUAAAAGAGAAUGCUCAUGGCAGCGGGGAAUUGUCAGAAUAUGAGAAAAAGCGUCUGGAGAAUAUCAGACAGAACAGUGAAUUUUUUGAUGGCCUUCAACUUACCGAGGUGAAGAAUGAAUUUAACCAGGCUGUAUCAAGGCCUACUCCAUCAAAAGUGAAAGAAAGAGGGCUGACAAGGCCCAAAAAGACUACACAAGCUGUGCCUGCACUUCCCACACGUCAGUCACUUCGUAUUCGCAAGAAAGACCCCAGUGGUGAAUUGCUUCCUGAGCCAUCAAGUUCUGAGAUCUACCAAACUGUUGAUGAACAUAGAACUUUUCGAUAUUUUCGUCAACCUGCACUUAAAGCUGUUGGAUUAAAGAAUAUUAACUCAUUGAUAGCAUCACAAACUGUCUAUGAUUCUCCACGUAAGAUUGGACCUUUGGAAAUGGAGCCUUGUAAUAAUGUUGAGCAGACACAUUCACAGGAAUUUAUUGAUGAACUGACUGUCUUGGCAAACAUACUGGAAAAGUCAAAGGAAAAUGCGGAUGAUGAUGCUGCUAUAGACCCAGAUGUUGUGAGCUACAAAAAGGCCAUGCAAUCUUUAGAAAUCACAGAAGGACAUGUCGCUAAACUUGUUCCACACAGAAUCUUUUCGAUGGCUUUCCAUCCUGCCAAAUACAAAACACUUGUACUGGCAGGGGACAAGUGGGGGAACCUUGGCAUAUGGGAUGUGGACUCUUCAAAGGGAGACGAUGGUGUGUACCUGUUUGAACCACAUUCUCGUCCUAUCAACUGCAUAUCAUUUGAGCCAGGAAACUAUGGAAAACUUUAUUCAUGUAGCUACGAUGGAACACUGAGGUGCGGCGAUUUCAGGGCGGCUACUUUUCAGGAGGUUUACUCUUUUGAUGAUGACGACUAUUCUAGGUUCAUGUACUUUGCGUUUGGCUCGCCCAGCAGCAGUACAAUCUUAGCGGCGACUGACUCUGGUUAUGUCAUGGUAGUUGACACAAGAACAAACAGCAAAACCAUAGCAGAGCAAAGUUAUGGCCUUCAUGACAAAGUUAUCAAGUGCAUUGAUGUCCAUCCGUUAAACCGUAAUCUUUUCCUCACAUCUUCCACCGACGGGUCAGUAGCAUUCUGGGACAUACGGAACAUUAAAAACAUGAAAUCAAAGUUGAGCAGUUUACAGCGAACCCGUGUCACUUCCUCAGCUUAUUUUUCUCCUUUGACUGGCAGUCAGGUGUUGGUGACGUCAAUGGAUGAUUACGUUACUAUCAAUGACGUUGACGCUUCUGGUAUAGUCUCCACUGCAGCCAAGUGUUGUUUCAGACAUGACAAUCAAGUUGGACGCUGGCUCACUAGUUUUCGUGCCACUUGGGAUCCUAAAUUUGAAAAAUAUGCGGUUGUUGGGAGCAUGAGAAGACCACGACAGAUUGAUAUUUUUUCCUCCGAGCUAAAAAGUAACGCAUUGAUGCAUUUAACCCAUGAGAACCUCAACUCUGUGAAUUCCUUAAAUGUCCUUCAUCCCUCGGUUAACAUGCUGGCUGGUGGAAACUCAAGUGGAAAGGUCUACCUAUGGACUUAAUAAUUGCCCAUCGUCUCUCCAUUUAUUCACUCACGUGAAUGUCCACGAGUAAAUUCCACGCAGGAUGUCGAGCCGUUAGAGGGUAAAUGGAAAUCGAAAAUGGGCUGGCUAGCUUGCUGGAAUUAAAAUUAAUUCUAGACUCCUGACGGUCCGAAGAACUGCACAUCCGUUUUAAGCAAGAAAUGGAGAACAAAGCAACUAUAUCCAAAUGAAAAUGAGAAACAAUUUUUUGGAAAAUUAGGGACUUUACACUUCGUGUGGGGAAGCGUGAACACAUGAGUAUUGUUCCGAUAAUUACACAAGUAAUCGAUAAUGAUCAAUAUGUUGUGUUGUUACAUUCUCACCGCUGUUUUUAUUCAAAUUCCCAGGCCAGUCGUAUCUUUUUAACCUAUUUCAAGUUAUGGUAACGGAUAAUGGAUGAGUAAUUCUCGAGGGUUAGUUUGACAGAGACUAAGCAAAAACGGUUUUUAUUGAUCGAGUUAGUUGUAUUUUUAUCCCCAUUGUGUCAUGUGAUAUGAUGCUACAAUUAUAAUGACUGGACUUUGUUACAAAUGCAUUACCCACCCAACCCCUGACGGAAACUCAAUAACUUAACAAUGUAAUAAAGUUGUUAAAAUUA